AUGUCCACGUUCAUCAUCUUCCGCGACGACAUUCAAGCUGCCUCUGAGUUCUUGCCGGGGAAACCCAAGGCACUCGUCAGGAAAUCGAAGAAAGAGACGAAGUCAUCAAGUGCGGGACCCAGUCGCUUACCACUGGCGAGCAAGCCGUCGUUCAAGAGCUCCCGGAGCCUCGCUACCCUGCAGGCAGGGCCCGAUGCGCUCCCUAACAAGGAGAACGUCAACCCCUUUACCGGAGAGCGUACGCUCUCUCGUUCCGUCAAGGAGAAGAAGGGGGCGAAGAAGGCCAAGGGUAUCUCGCCCAAGGCUGAUGUCCUUCAGUCAAAGACGCUGCCCUCGUCCACAAAGAAAAGCUUCCGAUCCGACGAAGAUUGUGCAUGCAGUCCAUGCCCGAGCGCGGACAUGUUGAACGUCAUGUCGCCCCCUCUGGACUUCUCUGCGCACACGUUUAACGUCGAUCCUACGGGAGAUGAAGACUUCUUCUCAUCCCUCAGUAUCGUCACAGAUUCGCUCGAGCAGAUCAUGAUCGACGCGCGAUGUUACGAGCUCACUGUCUCGCCGCUGGCGGACAUAUCUCCUGCAUAUGAUUCUCCUUCUGCAAGCAUCGCCAGAGGCGAUAACGAACGGCUCACCGGUAGCAAGAACCACGCCUCCUUACUUCCUAACUCCAUCUCCGACUUCGGGGCCUCGAUGCCUUCAGAUGAAGACACGUCGCUUCCCCCAUCGCCAACCCUUUCGUGGGCCCAUUCGUCGGAUAGCGAGAACGACGAAGACUUUUCCUGGCCACUAAACCAACAAUUCAUGCCGUUACCCUCCGUCUUCGGUGAUGACGAGAAACCGGCAGAGGACCUGACCUCUUGCAUUGACGACAUUCUUGGGAUGACCACGUUCACCACACCUGAACGUGAACGUAUCUAUUCCGGCUUCGCCCUCGUAACACCCGAGGGAAGCCCCUCUCGCUCCCGUCCAGUCGGCGUUGACUGCUUCGGCGACAUCGCGUACAGACCGAACUGA